AUGUCUCCCAGUUCUACCUCUACAGGAGCUCAAAUAAAUCAAAAGAUUGACACCAUCAACCCUCAUCUGCCUCACGUCCCUGAAUCUAAAGCCGAAUUAAAACAGGACGCUGAAAUUGUUGUUCAAAAAUCAUUCGCAGGAUUGCGAUCACUGGCUGCUGGAGGUUUCGGUGGUGUUUGUGCAGUUAUUGUUGGUCAUCCAUUUGAUUUGGUCAAAGUUCGUCUACAAACUGCGGAAAGAGGGGUUUACAAAGGUGCCAUUGAUGUGGUUACGAAAUCUGUCGCGAAGGAUGGUCUUGCGAGGGGUUUAUAUGCGGGUGUGAGUGCGCCGCUGGUGGGUGUUACUCCGAUGUUCGCUGUUUCUUUCUGGGGUUUUGAUGUUGGCAAGAACCUUGUGCGCAACUUUACCUCCACUGCUCCUCACGAACCCCUCACAAUCGCUCAAAUCAGUACAGCUGGUUUCUUCUCUGCCAUCCCACAAACUAUCAUUACCGCCCCAUUCGAACGUGUCAAGGUCCUCCUACAAAUUCAAGGUCAAAAAGAUCUUGCGCCUGGGGAAAAGCCAAAAUACAAUGGUGGUGUUGAUGUCGUGAAGCAACUUUACAAAGAGGGUGGUAUCAAAUCAGUCUUCCGAGGAUCAGCAGCUACACUAGCAAGAGAUGGACCUGGAAGUGCUGCAUAUUUCGCAACUUACGAAUACAUUAAGCGUCGUCUAACUCCUAUAGACCCUCUUACCGGAAAACCCGGGAAGGAUUUGAGUCUAUUGGCAAUCACUGGAGCGGGAGCAUGCGCAGGUGUAGCAAUGUGGAUUCCAGUUUUCCCAGUUGAUACAGUCAAGUCGAGGUUACAGACCAUGGAAGGAAAACCAACUGUUGGGGGUGUUAUAAAGGGAUUAUAUAGAAAUGGAGGAUUCAAGGCAUUCUUUCCUGGAUUCGGACCAGCAUUGGCGAGAGCUGUACCUGCUAAUGCGGCCACAUUCUUGGGUGUUGAAUUGGCGCAUCAAGCUAUGAACAAGGUGUUCGACUGA